UUAUUCAUUAAUAACUGAAAUACUUCCCUUCUCACUGUGUAUACGUUUAUUUCUCCCACCAUGAGAACGGAGAAGAUACGUGUUUAUAGUUCGGCCAUUGGCCACUAGAGGUCCCUAUUCCUAGUGCAUUUUUUGACCAACAUUUUUGACAUUGCAUCAACCAUCUCCCUACUCCGUACUCACUACUUCCUAUUUCCUGCUUCCUAUUGAUCUCUGUUUAUGGAUACUUCAAAUACUUCCGAUACGUCAAAAUAAGUGCUGUCACAGUUUCACAAAUUUUAGCUAAGAACCAAGUAGUCUUGUUGUAUAGUCAACUUCGAAAGCAUGGAUAAAUUUGAGAAACCGCAGAUAAUUUGUCAUAUUGAGAAAUCGGUAAAUUAUUCCUUAUUCGACGCAAAAUGGAUUCCGUGCAGCGCAAAAUUUGUGGUUAUGGGCUCACGACCGCGAGGUAGCGGUAUUAUACAAAUCUAUGAAGUUUCCAGCGGCGAAUUAAAUCUUGUUAAAGAUAUCGAACGAUCUCAACCGAUAAAAUGCGGAACCUUUAAAGCAUCUAGCCUAAAAGACAGAUAUUUAGCAACUGGUGAUUUUCAGGGCAAAUUGAACAUCUACAACCUAGAAGACCCUUCGAUACCAAUUUAUACUACUGUUGCUCAUGAUGAGAUUAUAAACAGUAUCGAUGGUGUAGCUGGUCAGAAUAUUGGAUGCGGCGCACCGGAAUUAGUAACUGGCUCUAGGGAUGGAAGUGUUAAAGUCUGGGAUCCUAGGUUGAAAGGUCGGCCAGUUGCUGUAAUGGAACCUAAAGAGGGUGAAGAUCGUAGAGAUUGCUGGACAGUUGCAUUUGGAAAUUCAUACAAUUCUGAGGAACGAGUUGUAGCUGCUGGUUAUGAUAAUGGAGAUGUAAAAAUGUUUGAUUUGAAAGCAAUGGCUGUUUUGUGGGAAAGUAAUCUUAAAAAUGGAGUUUGUAGCAUUGAAUUUGAUAGGAAGGAUAUUCCAAUGAAUAAAUUAGUAGCUACCACUUUGGAGUCAAAGUUUUAUUUGUUUGAUUUAAAAACUCAGCAUCCUAAAAAAGGAUUUACUUAUCUAACUGAGAAGGCACAUAAUGCAACAGUAUGGUUAGUUAGACACUUGCCCCAAAAUCGUGAAAUAUUUGUUACUUGUGGUGGAGGAGGAAGUCUUUGUUUAUGGAAAUAUAAUUAUCCAGAGAAACGAAAAAUAGUAGACGUAGAUGGCAUUGGCCGUGGAGUCAUCGGUGAUCUAACUCUUUUACAAAACACUAUUGUUUCAUCACAACCUGUUAGUUCCCUAGAUUGGAGUCCAGACAAACAGGGUUUGGCUGUUUGCACUGCGUUUGAUCAAUGUUUGAGGGUAAUUAUCACCACAAAACUUAAUACUUUCUAAGAAAAAGUAUAAAUUCAUGUUCUAAUUAAUAAUAAAGAAAUAAAAUAUUUAUGUUAUGUUAUUUAAUAUUAUUCAGUGUGAAACGUUCACUAUUGCAAUAGAAAUGAGAUAAAACUGUAAAUAAACAUCAAUUUUCUUAGUUUAUAUAAUAUGUCGAAAUAAAAUGAAUAAAAUAAAAAUUAAUAUUCUA